AUGCGGCGUUCGAGCACGGAUGAGACGCCGUACCGGCGCAGUCCGUCAUUGGACAGUAAGCCAGGCUCGCCACCACUUCGUUACAGUGGAGAGUAUGAAUACCGCAGCUCACCCUUCAGUUUUGGUUUCCGCACCACGCCAGGGCCGCAGGCAGCUAAGGGUCGUUACACAUCAGAGCAGGGCAGGAAGUAUGUGGUGUUUUAUCUGGACCUCUCCUUCAUCUUCCUCUUAGAGCUGCGACGCUGCAGGAUGGCCGAGGGCUGCAUGAGGGCCCUGAGAUAUGGCAUGGUCUUCUUCAAUCUCCUCUUCUGGCUUGGGGGCUGUGGGAUACUGGGAGUGGGGGUAUGGCUGUCUGUAACCCAGGGAAACUUUGCCACUCUCUCAUCUUCCCUCCCUUCUCUCUCUGCUGCCAAUCUUCUCAUCGCUGUGGGGACCAUCAUUAUGGUGAUUGGUUGCCUGGGUUGCGUAGGUGCAGUCAAAGAAAGCCGCCCCCUUCUUUUGAGUUUUUUUAUUCUGCUGUUGCUGAUUUUCCUGCUGGAAAUUCUCUCUAUCAUCCUUUUCUUUGCUUACCAGGAUCAGAUUGAUCAGUAUGCCCAGAGUGACUUAAAGAAAGGCCUUCAGCUUUUUGGCACUGAGGGAAACGUAGGCCUAACCAAUGCUUGGAGUAUUGUGCAAACUGAUUUCCGCUGUUGUGGUGUGACUAAUCACACUGACUGGUUUGAGGUGUAUAAUACCACACGUGUACCUGACUCCUGCUGUCUGGAGUACAGUGAUAACUGUGGCCUGGAGAACCCUGGGACAUGGUGGACUGCGCCAUGUUAUGAACGUGUCAAAAGUUGGCUUCAAGAGAAUCUGGUGGUUCUGUGGAUUUUCGCCCUCUGCACUGCGCUGACCCAGAUUCUGGGACUUGUCUUUUCCAUGACAAUGUUCUGCCAGGCUGUCAAAGUGGAGACAUUCUAUGCCUAAAGGAACAACCUUCACUUUGAAGUCAUGCCAAAACAGGACUGAGCCAUCCCUUUCCCCAUUCAGUGAAACAAAGGAAUGUAUUUUCCCUUCAAUCUUUGGACAAUGUAACUUGUGUAUACCUUUCUUUUUGCUUUGGUGACAUUAUCAUAGCUCUGUGUCCAUGCCACAAUUUCUGAUGCUGAGAAACAGUGAGUUCUAAAUUCAUGAUUUCAGAACGGAACUGUAAAGUAACUGAGCAAUUUAUAGUUUUUGUAACUGUAACAUGAAAAAAGAAAGAAAUCAAGUUAUUUAAAUGCUUUUGUGAAAUGCUAAAUAUAAUUUUGAAUAAACAGCACACAAGGAAGACAUGUUAGGCUGUAGAAUCAAAGACAAGAUCUAAGGUCAAAGGUAAGGGUAAUCAUUAUUGUGUUACAUCAUUUUAUAAAUAUAUUCUUUAUCAGAAAAAAAAAGUAAUGUAGUAGACACAUGUAUAUGCUGAUCAGACAUGAAUCACUGUAUUCACAAAUUUCACAUUUGGACAGAAAUAGGAGGAUUUUCUAUUCCUUAACCUAUUUCCAAGCCUGUGGAAAUGUUCUUUUUAAAAGGUAAAUGUACUUGUUCAGCUAAGUACCCUCUACAAAGUGGAUUCAUUCCCACAGUGUUGGAAUCUGAAAUGGAAACCUAAAGAUCAAAUGAAAAGGGAAAGCACAUCAUGUACUCUGUGUGCAUUAGAAAGAUAAAGGUUUCGGAUUUUAAAAAUUGGAAUAUAUAAAACCGUAAAAUCAUAGUUAUUCAUUUUAUUUAAUGUAUUCGAAUUUUUGAAAAAAAGCACAGUGAUGAGAGGGCAACAGAGAGAAGUUGAGAAUUUGUGCUCUCGACUCUUCUCUUGGGAACUGACUUAUUUACUCAUAACAAACACAGUAAACAUACUGUAUAAAUGUAUUGACACAGACA